UCGUCGCCGUCGUCAUUGUCCACGAGAGACCGGGGGACCAUCUCUCUUGGCGCGAUCAUCAUGUCGUGCAUCAUGAUCGGCAUCCUGAUGAUACUCGCGUCGAUCGCACGCAGUUGCGCCGGUUGCCCGUUCUGCGCCAGGCAACAGCUGCAGCAGUUGCAGCAACGUUCGCCACAGCCGCAGCAGCAGCAAUUUUAUCGGACGAUCGGCAGCCCGAGACCAUUCGGCGCCGACAGGCCGACCCGCGUCCAGGAGUUCAACCGUACCGGCGUGCUGCACCCCGAGUACCAGAUACCAGCGACCAUCAGGCCCGGCAACGUGUCUCAAUUCUAUUACCUGAGCCCACGGGAAGGCCCGCCUCUCACGUUACUCGUCAGCCCGUGCAGCGGUCCGAUAUCCUGGAUGGUCAGUUACGUAGAACCGCCCGAAAACAAGCAAGAAGCUGAAGCACAAACGCGAUGGCCCGUGAAGACCCUGAAGCCGGGAUCACCUCUCUUCACGUACGAGGGCGCGGAGGACCAAAAUUUCACGAUACCAAAGACGCGGGCCGGUCUUUACUGGUUCGAAAUCAAGUCCAUGGAGCCCGCGGGACGGUCGCCCGGCACGGUGCUCCUGUACGCGACCUCGAGCGCCCUGGACCACGUGUCCGGCAUGUACGCGAGCGGAAAAGAGGCGCAUCGGCAUCGCACCCUGAGAUUUCAACAGCGACGGAGCAAACGGCGGCUGACGAUAUCCUGGGGCAAGAGCCAUGUGGAUCCUCACCUCUCGAACUACUGUUUAUCUGUCACUUCGGGCACGCAGCCGCACCCGUCGACGCUCUGCGCCGCGCAGAACGUUCUGAAGGCACAUCCGCACUCGUCGACGAGAACAGGCUCGUCCUCGAAGGAGCACCAUCAUCGGGGCGUACCGGAAGGUCUGCACUGCGUGCGGCAGACCAAGCUGACGCUUCACAGGAUGAGAUACGACACCACGUACAACUUCACCCUAUACGUGGUAAACACUCGGAACAAUGUCUCCAAUCGGAUCGCCACCGAUGCCAUCAGGUUCAAGAAGACGCCGGAGCUGACGUUACGAACCGGCCGUUACACCACGGCCAAUCUGCGGAAGACCGACGGUUUCGUCAAUUUCCGUUAUCGUCCGCCGGACAACACCUCGAGCACCUUUCACAUACUUCCCUGCGGCGGGGGCAUCGUGAAGGCGAAAUUAAACGGACAAGGAGUAUUGCGGGAAAAAGAAGUGGUUGGAUACGCCUCGUUGCGCGUACCCCCUCUGCCCCCCGGUAAGACGUACACCCUGCGUAUAUCGACCACGCCGCAGGAGCUGGUUCGAGUGUCCACCAUAAAAGUGCUGGCCACGCAGGAGUCGUCCACCAUUUAUCCGCAAAUACCGUCCAAGAACCCGCCGCGGGAGUACCGAUCGCUCAGGACGUGCCACGAAGUGACGAUAGGCGUGGACCCGGCCGGCGCCGCCAAGUACUGCAUCCUGGUGAAAGAGCUGCGGAGCUCGUCGUCUCUGGCGAGUGUCACGACCGUGCCGGAUCAGUGCGGGCUCCAUCGGCGCAGGCGGUCCGAGUACACGUUUGAGGUCUGCGAGGAGAAGCAAAACCCGCCGAAGGACCGGGCGCUGCCGUUCACCCUACGGAGGCUGCAGCCCGGCAAGGCUUACCUCCUGCAGGUCACGGCGCAGCUGAACGGCCAAUCCUUGUCCUACCCGUUGCUGGGUGUGCGUACACGACGUUCCUGCGUCACGUAAUCCGCAUUAUUCCCUAUUAAACAAACUGUGAGAUGAGGCGACAAGAUAAUCUACAAGGAGGUCACCGUUGGUGACUUCUAGACCUACCUGUCUACUCAUCGAAUAAUAUAUA